AUGAGUUCUACUUCUAGCACUGAGCUUACAUCUCCAACAGUCAAUCAGGGGUCUAGCUCGCGACUUUCUCAGUCAUUAAUCACGCCUAACGCUACGUACGAUGGCUCAGAAGCUGUGUCAGUGUUCGCGGUGGAAGCUAGAAACGAGAAUGCGUUCCGCAAUCUUAUCAAGCCUUCUGUCGAGGGAGCUCUGGACGCAAUUUUCAAAACUAUAGCCACACAGUCCGCCCAGCAAAUUGCCAAUUCAACGAAUCUCUCAGAACUCCUUACAAUCUCCCCUCAAACACUUGUCACACCUGUAUCAUAUCGAAUGACGAACCUUGCGCCAUUUGAUGUUCCACUCGCGACCGCAGUGACAUUUGUCGGAUUGAUAUAUCAAUUGAUUCUGUCUUUCUUCAUUGUGAUGAUCACCAAUGCAGCGCGCGAGGGAUCAGGCCUUGACAAGACUCUUCCAACCCGUUCCUUGAUCAUUCUCCGACUGUUUUCAUCAUUCGCCGGCUAUCUUUUUAUUUCUCUAUUCUAUUGCCUUCUCAGCGUGGCCUUCCAACUCCCACUGUCUCGAAAUGGAUUUUUGGUAUUUUGGAUGCUUAAUUAUUGCAGCAUGCUUUCCGUCGGGCUCGCUCUCGAGUCAUUGAUGACCUUGUUGACCGUGAAGGGCAUCCCAUUUUUCAUGAUUACAUGGAUCAUAUCCAAUGUCGCUGUCUGCAUUUUCCCCAUCGAAGUCAUGCCUAUCAUAUUUCGCUAUGGUUAUGCAGCACCAUUUUAUAAUGUAUCACGGGCAAUGCGAACUAUUGUAUUUGGAACCAAAAAUAUCGUGGGUGAAUCCUUUGGCAUUCUGAUUGUCUGGAUAGCCAUCUC